AGCAUUUACAUAAGCAAUUAAUAUUCCAUAGAUCAUACUUUCAUAUAUAUAUAUAUAUAUAACACUAUCACAUGAAUGGGAGGCUUUUUAUAUAUAUCUGCAUGACUAGACCAAAUUAGGUUAGGCAGCUUCAUCCCUUCCCUUUAUUCUUCAAAGUGAUUCGGCUUUAUUAAUAUAUUCAAAGUGGUUCUUGACUAGACCAACAACUUCUUCGAAGGUGGUUCUUUUCGUUCUUGCAAAGUUAGUGGAGAAUCUUAAACAAAGUUAUAAAUGAUCCCUUGAUCUAGUUUGAAGAACCUAGCGAAAACAUACAGAAUGCGUAAACCUAUUCUAACCUGUACUCCCUAAUUAAAUUGAGGAAAAAUAACUUCCUUCAUUCUUGACACAAAUUAUUAGAAUGAAUAGGAGUCAACUUCUCGAUACAGAGCAGCACAUCAAAAAGGGUGUCGGGGGACGGGAAGACAACAUUAGUGGCGAAAUUAAAGGCAAAGACGGCAGCGUUACUACGUAUAACCCUAUUCAUCCACCGGAAGAUCAGCAACGCAUUAAGGGUACUAGUACUGUUCUUGGAGGGGACAACAUGGAAAGAGAAACAAGAGACAGAGAUCCCGUCCCCACAACUACAAAGAUGAGCACAAACAGAAUUCCAAUACAUGCAGCAAGUUCACCGACGUUUCCGGAUCAAGAGCAGAAGCCAAAGACCGGUGCUCUCAGGCAGGAGGAAGAUGAUCACAAGAGAAAAGCUCAUCAUGAUGUUGUGCCGUCGAAAGUCUUUGCUUAUAAAGAAAGUGGAGACCUUGCUCCUAACCAGCUUGGAGAGAAGUCGACCAUGUACAGGACUGUAAACGAAAGUCCCUCGAUGUCAAAAGAGCAGCCGAAAAGUACAAAGCCCAACCAGGCUCAGGCUGUUGAUGGAGUACUCCGUACUGGGUAUGAUUUGCUUCCCAGCUCGUCAAAAAAGAUUGACGGUGCUCUCAGCGUAGGGGACAUCAACCGUGACGUAGGUGUGUCGUCAAAAGAGCAACCAAAGAGUUCUGACGGGUUAAAAGAAAAACCUCGAAUCGAAAAUAUCAAAAUGAUAAAACAACAUGAGCCACCAAAAGAUGAAGCUGAUCAUCUUGGCAACAGCGAGAUCAGACCCCGCAAAACCAUCGAACAUCCCGUCAUGCAUGACAAAGAAGAUCAUUCUUUGAAAGAGCAGCGCCAGAAUAACUUUCUUGGACCAGAAAAUUUUGCUGACAAGAAUGGCAACAAGUACGCAACCUCAAAUUCUCUCGACUCUUCAGAAGUAAUGAAUAUACCCGAAGGGGUCCCUAUUGAUAAAAUUGGAGGUAUGUUCUCUUAAUGCUGCGUAGAUAAACAUUCUAGAGUUCUAUUUAUUCAUAUAUAUAUAUAUACUAGCAGUGAAUUUACAUAUAUAUAUAUAAAGAGCGGUUGUGUUCAAAUGUCUCGAGCU